AGUUUGGAGUGUGACUGUUUGAGGUUGUGGACAGGUGUAUUUUAUACUGAUAACAAGUUCAAACAGGUGCCAUUAAUACAGGUAACGAGUGGAGGACAGAGGAGCCUCUGAAAAGAAGAAGUUACAGGUCUGUGAGAGCCAGAAAUCUUGCUUGUUUGUAGGUGACCAAAUACUUAAUUUCCACCAUAAUUUGCAAAUAAAUUCAUUAAAAAUCCUACAAUGGGAUUUUCUGGAUUUUUUUUUCCUCAAUUUGUCUGUCAUAGUUGACGUGUACCUAUGAUGAAAAUUACAGGCCUCUCUCAUCUUUUUAAGUGGGAGAACUUGCACAAUUGGUGGCUGACUAAAUACUUUUUUUCCCCACUGUAUAUAUAUAUAUAUAUAUAUAUAUAUAUAUAUAUAUAUAUAUAUAUAUAUAUAUAUAUAUAUAUAUAUACACUACUACUACUACUACUGCUACUACUACUACUACUACUACUACUAUUACUACUACUACUACUACUAUGACCUACUGGGUGUGCCUCAAAAGUAGGAGAGGCCUGCAUCUAGCCAUAGCCUUUAUAUCCAUACUAUUACUACUAAUACUGUAUGGAGGAGCUACCGGGUCUGUCUGAAAGGUGAGGCCUGCCCCUCCAUACAUCGAUAGCCUUUUAUAUCAAUACACACUCCCUACAUAUAGCCUUACUCUGGUCCUCUGUAGCUCAGCUGGUAGAGCACGGCGCUUGUGACGCCAGGGUAGUGGGUUCGAUCCCCCGGGACCACCCAUACGUAAAAAUGUAUGCGCGCAUGACUGUAAGUGGCUUUGGAUAAAAGCGUCUGCUAAAUGGCUUAUUAUUAUUAUUAUUAUUAUUAUUAUUAUUAUUAUUAUUAUUAUUAUUAUACACACCUGCUGCUAUGCUUUGCGUCUAGCGAUACCCUUUACAUUUAAACUUGUAAAAUGGCUUUAGACGAUAUAUCAGCGACACUGCUUAUAUUUGCAGUGGUAUUACAGUUCCCUGAAGAGGUAUUGCGAAUCUAAUUAAUUUACAGCACUGUACUCAAUAAAACCCUAUUUUAUUUAUUCACGCCUGUGUAGGUGUCCUGAUGAUAUGGGUUGUUUGUAACACCACUUGACUGACUGUCUGCGUCCCAAAUACCAUCAUAUUCUCUAUAUAGGGCACUACCAGGGCCCUAGCCAAAAGUAGUGCAGUAUAUAGAGAAUUUGGUGCCAUUUGGGACAUUAACCUAAAUAUCACAGAGUAGGCCUUUAAUACCACUUGACUGGACCACAUCAUCAUUCUAGGGGUCACAUCAUCAUUCUAGGGGUCACAUCAGCAUUCUAGGGGUCACAUCAGCAUUCUAGUGGUCACAUAUUCAUUCUAGGGGUCACAUCAUCAUUCUAGGGGUCACAUCAUCAUUCUAGGGGUCACAUCAUUCUAGGGGUCACAUCAUCAUUCUAGGGGUCACAUCAGCAUUCUAGGGGUCACAUCAGCAUUCUAGGGGUCACAUCAGCAUUCUAGGGGUCACAUUCUAGGGGUCACAUCAGCAUUCUAGGGGUCACAUCAGCAUUCUAGGGGUCACAUUCUAGGGGUCACAUCAGCAUUCUAGGGGUCACAUCAGCAUUCUAGGGGUCACAUCAGCAUUAUAGGGGUCACAUCAGCAUUAUAGGGGUCACAGCAGCAUUCUAGGGGUCACAUUAUCAUUCUAGGGGUCACAUCAGCAUUCUAGGUUCACAUCAGCAUUCUAGGGGUCACAUCACCAUUCUAGGGGUCACAUUAGCAUUCUAGGGGUCACAUCAGCAUUCUAGGUUCACAUCAUCAUUCUAGGGGUCACAUCAGCCUUCUAGGGGUCACAUCAGCAUUCUAGGGGUCACAUCAGCAUUCUAGGGGUCACAGCAUUCUAGGGGUCACAUCAUCAUUCUAGGGGUCACAUCAGCAUUCUAGGUUCACAUCAGCAUUCUAGGGGUCACAUCAGCAUUCUAGGGGUCACAUUCUAGGGGUCACAUCAGCAUUCUAGGGGUCACAUCCACAUUCUAGCGGUCACAUCAGCAUUCUAGGGGUCACAUCAGCAUUCUAGGGGUCACAUCAGCAUUCUAGGGCUCACAUCAGCAUUAUAGGGGUCACAUCAGCAUUCUAGGGGUCACAUCAGCAUUCUAGGGGUCACAUUCUAGGGGUCACAUCAGCAUUCUAGGGUCACAUUAUCAUUCUAGGGGUCACAUCAGCAUUCUAGGUUCACAUCAGCAUUCUAGGGGUCACAUCACAAUUCUAGGGGUCACAUUAGCAUUCUAGGGGUCACAUCAGCAUUCUAGGUUCACAUCAUCAUUCUAGGGGUCACAUCAGCCUUCUAGGGGUCACAUCAGCAUUCUAGGGGUCACAGCAUUCUAGGGGUCAAAUCAUCAUUCUAGGGGUCACAUCAGCAUUCUAGGUUCACAUCAGCAUUCUAGGGGUCACAUCAGCAUUCUAGGGGUCACAUUCUAGGGGUCACAUCAGCAUUCUAGGGGUCACAUCCACAUUCUAGCGGUCACAUCAGCAUUCUAGGGGUCACAUCAGCAUUCUAGGGCUCACAUUCUAGGGGACACAUUAUCAUUCUAGGGGUCACAUUCUAGGGGUCACAUCAGCAUUCUAGGGGUCACAUCAGCAUUCUAGGGGUCACAUCAUCAUUCUAGGGGUCACAUCAGCAUUCUAGGGGUCACAUCAGCAUUCUAGGGGUCACAUUAUCAUUCUAGGGGUCACAUUAUCAUUCUAGGGGUCACAUCAUCAUUCUAGGGGUCACAUCAGCAUUCUAGGGGUCACAUCAGCAUUCUAGGGGUCACAUUCUAGGGGUCACAUCAGCAUUCUAGGUGUCACAUUAUCAUUCUAGGGGUCACAUCAGCAUUCUAGGUUCACAUCAUCAUUCUAGGGGUCACAUCAGCAUUCUAGGGGUCACAUCAUCAUUCUAGGGGUCACAUCAGUAUUCUAGGGGUCACAUCAGCAUUCUAGGGGUCACAUUAUCAUUCUAGGGGUCACAUUAUCAUUCUAGGGGUCACAUCAGUAUUCUAGGGGUCACAUCAGCAUUCUAGGGGUCACAUCAGCAUUCUAGGGGUCACAGCAUUCUAGGGGUCAAAUCAUCAUUCUAGGGGUCACAUCAGCAUUCUAGGUUCACAUCAGCAUUCUAGGGGUCACAUCAGCAUUCUAGGGGUCACAUUCUAGGGGUCACAUCAGCAUUCUAGGGGUCACAUCCACAUUCUAGCGGUCACAUCAGCAUUCUAGGGGUCACAUCAGCAUUCUAGGGCUCACAUUCUAGGGGACACAUUAUCAUUCUAGGGGUCACAUUCUAGGGGUCACAUCAGCAUUCUAGGGGUCACAUCAGCAUUCUAGGGGUCACAUCAUCAUUCUAGGGGUCACAUCAGCAUUCUAGGGGUCACAUCAGCAUUCUAGGGGUCACAUUAUCAUUCUAGGGGUCACAUUAUCAUUCUAGGGGUCACAUCAGUAUUAUAGGGGUCACAUCAGCAUUCUAGGGGUCACAUCAGCAUUCUAGGGGUCACAUUCUAGGGGUCACAUCAGCAUUCUAGGUGUCACAUUAUCAUUCUAGGGGUCACAUCAGCAUUCUAGGUUCACAUCAUCAUUCUAGGGGUCACAUCAGCAUUCUAGGGGUCACAUCAUCAUUCUAGGGGUCACAUCAGCAUUCUAGGGGUCACAUCAGCAUUCUAGGGGUCACAUUCUAGGGGUCACAUUAUCAUUCUAGGGGUCACAUUAUCAUUCUAGUGGUCACAUCAGUAUUCUAGGGGUCACAUCAGUAUUCUAGGGGUCACAUCAGUAUUCUAGGGGUCACAUCAGCGUUCUGAUGAUGCGUUCUGAUGAUGUGUGCUGAUGAUGCGUGCUGAUGAUGCGUGCUGAUGAUGCGUGCUCCCUCCUGGAGAAUCCAGACCUGCACUUCUUACCGCUGGCCAUUAGAGAGCAGAAUUAAAUUGAUUAAACAAGUCAAGCUGUUAUUUCUUUAUUUUGUUGUGUUAUAUACAGGGACAUUUCCUCCUGUAAGAUAUUUGAAGGAAGAAAGCUUUUACUCUCUAGAAAAUAGACAUCACAUUAAACCUUUUUAUUGAUACUUUAUUGUGUGUCACCUGCAUUUUGCACUUUAUAGGAAAAAUGGCUUUGCACAUACAUUUGAUUGAUUGAUUGACGGUUGUAAGUAACUUACUUGUUCCUGUUUUCUCCCAGGAUGCACUCUGUUCUUCUACGAGACGGACGGGCGGUCAGGGAUCGACCACAACAGUGUUCCUAAACAUGCGGUGUGGGCUGAGAACAGUAUCGUCCAGGCCGUACCUGAACACCCCAAGAAGGACUUUGUCUUCUGCCUCAGCAACUCUCUAGGGGACGCAUUCCUCUUCCAGGUACGAGGAGCUCCACGUGUGUAUCUGUGCACCUCCCACCCUCUUUCUUAUUAUGCAUUGGAUCUCAAAGUUGUCUGAUGUUCUAUCUUAGAUGUACAAUGUUCUAACCUGCUUGGUCGUUGUUGUAUUAGGUGGCUGUAUUUCAAGCAUGCUGUACUAUUAGUGUGCAGUAAAGGACUGCGUAACCCCUUUCUCUGCAAUGAAAUGCAGCGGUUGUUGACAUUAAAGGUGUCUAUGACCCGGGAGGUUAGGUCUUUUAUUGACUAUCCAUGACCUCUCCUGUCCAUAAACCCCUGACCUCUAUCCUCUGUAGACCUGCAGUCAGACGGAGCUGGAGAACUGGAUCACCGCCAUCCACUCGGCGUGCGCGGCGGCGGUUGCUAGGCAGCAUCACCGGGAGGACACGGUGCGUCUGUUGAGGGCGGAGAUCAGGAAGCUGGAGCAGAAGAUAGACAUGGACGAGAAGAUGAAGAAGAUGGGAGACAUGCAGCUGUCUGCUGUGACCGAUACCAAGAAGAGAAAGACUAUACUGGACCAGGUGAGGGAGGGAGGGAGGGAGGGAGGGAGAGAGGGAGGGAGGGAGGGAGAGAGGGAGGGAGAGAGGGAGAGAGGGGGAGAGGUUUGAGGGAGGGACUAGAAGAUGGGGGAAAGAGGAUGACACCAAGAAGUGUCAUUGACACCAAGAAGAGACAGAGCAGGAUGGAUCAGGUAGUUAGGGGCCUAGACCCUGUUUGUAGAGACUGCGUGUCAUGAUGAUACUAGAUAUGUGUUGUUAUUCAGGUUACUGUUUGUCGAGUGUCAUGAUGAUUCUAGAUAUGUGUUGUUAUUCAGGUUACUGUUUGUUGAGUGUCAUGAUGAUUCUAGAUAUGUGUUGUUAUUCAGGUUACUGUUUGUUGAGUGUCAUGAUGAUUCUAGAUAUGUGUUGUUAUUCAGGUUACUGUUUGUUGUGGGGCCAUGGAGACCUUGGCACUGUUUUAGACCCUGACCUAUUAUUCUCUUAAUGAAUCCCAAAGUUCAUAUCGUCCUUAAUGGGGCUGUUAAUGAAAGUAGGAUCAAAAGUUCCUUUGUAGUGUGUCUGAGGUAGUCGCUGGAUGGCUCCCUGGUUGGCUGGCUGUCUGCCUGGUUGGCUGACUGGUUGGCUGGCUGGCUGACUGGUUGCCUGGAUGUUGGCUGGCUGGCUGGCUGACUGGUUGGCUGGUUGGUUGGCUGGCUGGCUGCCUGGUUAGCUGGUUGGUUGGCUGGCUGGUUGGAUGCCUGGUUGGCUGGCUGGUUGGAUGCCUGGUUGGCUGGCUGGCUGGCUGACUGGUUGGCUGGUUGGUUGGCUGGCUGGCUGCCUGGUUAGCUGGUUGGUUGGCUGGCUGGUUGGAUGCCUGGUUGGCUGGCUGGUUGGAUGCCUGGUUGGCUGGCUGGUUGGAUGCCUGGUUGGCUGGCUGACUGGUUGCCUGGAUGUUGGCUGGCUGGCUGGUUGGCUGCCUGGUUGGCUGGCUGGUUGCCUGGCUGUUGCCUGGUUGGCUGGCUGACUUGUUGACUGGCUGGUUGGCUGACUGGUUGCCUGGCUGUUGACUGGCUGGCUGGCUGACUGGUUGCCUGGCUGUUGACUGGCUGACUGGCUGAUUAGUUGACUGGCUGGCUGACUUGUUGACUGGCUGGUUGGUUGACUGGUUGCCUGGCUGUUGACUGGCUGGCUGGCUGACUGGUUGCCUGGCUGUUGACUGACUGGCUGGCUGUCUGCCUAUUUGACCCGGGCAGCUUGGCAGCGUCCGGUUACACAUUGUGGUGAGCUGAAUAGAAGCAGGCCUUGCUCUCUCCCAGUCCCAGGCUGCGUCUCAAAUGGCAUUCUAUUCCCUAUGUAGUGCCCAUGUAGUGCCCAUGUAGUGCCCAUGUAGUGCCCAUGUAGUGCCCAUGUAGUGCCCAUGUAGUGCCCAUGUAGUGCCCAUGUAGUGCCCAUAGGGAAUAAGAUGCCAUUUGGGAUGCAGCCCCUCUGUACCAGCCCCUCUGUACCAGCCCCUCUGUACCAGCCCAUACCUGCCAGAGGUCCUGUAUUGUAUUGUGACAGCUGUGAGCAGCCGGCCGCAUCCCCUAACCAGCCAUUAGUCAACUCAGACACAUCCCCUAACCAGCCAUUAGUCUACUCAGCCAUUAGUCUACUCAGCCAUUACUCUACUCAGCCAUUAGUCUACUCAGCCAUUAGUCUACUCAGCCAUUAGUCUACUCAGCCAUUAGUCUACUCAGCCAUUACUCUACUCAGCCAUUAGUCUACUCAGCCAUUAGUCUACUCAGCCAUUAGUACUCACCCCUUAGUCUACUCAGCCAUUAGUCUACUCAGCCAUUAGUCUACUCGGGCCAUUAGUCUACUCAGCCAUUAGUCUACUCAGCCAUUAGUCUAUCAGCCUUUAGUCUACUCAGCCAUUAGUCUACUCAGCCAUUACUCAAACUCAACCCAAUUAGUCUACUCAGCCAUUAUCUACUCAGCCAUUACCAUCUACUCAGCCAUUAUCUACCUCAGCCAUUACUCUACUCAAGCCUUUUACUCUACUCAGCUGUUUUCUCUCUGUCCUUUUCUUUCUGCGGCAUCUCCUCAUAUUUAAACUUUUUAUUUUCCCGGGUGAUGGGGAGCUGGGGUGUUGACAGUGAUGGGGAGCUGGGGUGUUAAGACAGUGAUGGGGAGCUGGGGUUUGACGGUGUUGGGGUGCUGGGGUGUUUGACAGUGAGGGGGUGUAGACAGUGAUGGGGAGCGGGGGUUUGUAGACAGUGAUGGGAGGGGGGUGUUGACGGUGUUGGGGUGCUGGGGUGUAGACAGUGAUGGGGAGCUGGGGUGUAGACAGUGAUGGGGAGCUGGGGUGUUGACGGGUUGGGUGCUGGGGUGUUUGACAGUGAUGGGGAGCUGGGGUGUAGACAGUGAUGGGGGCUGGGGUGUUUGACGGUGUUUGGGGGUGAUGGGGUGUAGACAGUGAUGGGGGAGCUGGGGUGUAGACAGUGAUGGGGACUGGGGUGUUAGACAGUGAUGGGGAGCUGGGGGUGUUGACGGUGGUGGGGUGCUGGGGGUGUUGACAGUGAGUGGGGAGCUGGGGGUGUAGACAGUGAUGGGGAGCUGGGGUGUUGACGGUGUUGGGGUGAUGGGGUGUAGAAGUGAUGGGGAGCUGGGGUGUAAAGACAAGUGAUGGGUGAUCUGUGGUGUGUUUGACGGUGUUGGGGUGCUGGGGUGUUGUACAGUGAUGGGGAGCUGGGGUGUUUGACAGUGAUGGGAAGCUGGGGUGUUUGACAUUGAUGGGGAGCUGGCAUGUUGACAGUGUGAGGAGCUUGGGUUGUUUGACAGUAAUGGGGAGCUGGGAUGUAGACAGUGAUGGGGAGCUGGGGGUGUAGACCGUUGAUGGGGAGCUGGGGUUGUUGACAGUGAUGAGGAGCUGGGGUGGUGACAGUGAUGGGGAGCUGGGGUGUUGACCAGUGAUGGGGAGCUGGGGUGUAGACAGUGAUGGGAGAUGGGGUGUUGACAGUGAUGGUGGAGCUGGGGUGUAGACAGUGAUGAGGAGCUGGGGUGUAGACAGUGAUGGGGAGCUGGGGUGUUAGACAGUGAUGGGGAGCUGGGGGUGUUUGAACAGUGUGAGGAGGCUAGGGGUGUUGACAGUGAUGAGGAGCUGGGGGUGUAGACAGUGAUGGGGAGCUGGGGUGUUGGGUAGACGUGAUGGGGAGCUGGGGUGUUGACAGUGAUGGGGAGCUGGGGUGUAGAAAGUGAUGGGGAGCUGGGGGUUGUUGACAGUGAUGGGGUUGUAGACAGUGAUGGGGGUGCUGGGGUGUAGACAGUGAUGGGAGCUGGGGUGUUGACAUGGAGGGUGUAGACAGUGAUGGGGUGCUGGGGUGUAGACAGUGAUGGGGAGCUGGGUGGGUAGACAGUAAAUGGGGUGGUAGACAGUGAUGGGGAGCUGGGGGUGUUGACAGUGAGGGGGUGUUUGACAGUGAUGGGGAGCUGGGGGGGUAGACAGGGGAUGGGGUUGUAGACAGUGGAGGAGCUGGGUGUAGACAGUGAUGAGGAGCUGGGGGUAGACAGUGAUGGGGUGUUGACAGUGAGGGGGAGCUGGGUGUAGACAGUGAUGGGGAGCUGGGGUGUUGACAGUGAUGGGGAGAGGGGUUUGGUAGAAAGUGUUUGGGGAGCUGGGGGUUGACAGUGAUGGGGUGUAAAACAGUGAUGGGGUGCUGGGGUGUAGACAGUGAUGGGGAGCUGGGGUGUUGACAGUGAGGGGGGUUGUAAGACCAGUGAUGGGUGCUGGUUUGUAGACCGUGAUGGGGAGCUGGGGGUUUUUUACAGUGAUGGGGAGCUGGGGUGGUGACAGUGAUGGGGGUAGUGUAGACAGUGAUGGGGAGCUGGGGGUGUUGACAGUUGAUGGGGAGCUGGGGUGUAGACAGUGAUGGGGUGUAGACAGUGAUGGGGGAGCUGGGGGGUGUUGACAGUGAUGAGGAGCUGGGGUGUAGACAGUGAUGAGGAGCUGGGGUGUAUGGUAAUAGACAGUGAUGGGGGUGUUGACAGUGAUGGGGAGCUGGGGUGUAGACAGUGAUGGGAGCUGGGGUGUAGACAGUGAUGAGGAGCUGGGUGUAGACGUGAUGAGGAGUGGGGUGUAGACAGUGAUGGGGGUGUUGAACAGUGAUGAGGAGCUGGGUGUUGACAGUGAUGGGAGCUGUGGUGGUAGACACGUGAUGGGGAGCUGGGGUGUAGACAGUGAUGGGGAGCUGGGGUGUUUAGACAGUGAUGGGGAGCUGGGGUGUAGACAGUGAUGGGGAGCUGGGUGGUUGACAGUAAUGGGGAGCUGGGGUGUUGUUGGGUGUAGACAGUGAUGGGGUGUAGACAGUGAUGGGGAGCUGGGGUGUUGACAGUGAUUGGGGAGCUGGGGUGUAGACAGUGAUGGGGAGCUGGGGUGUAGACAGUGAUGGGGAGCUGGGGUGUAGACAGUGAUGGGGAGCUGGGGUGUAGACAGUGAUGGGGUGUUGACAGUGAUGAGGAGCUGGGGUGUUGACAGGGAUGGGGAGCUGGGGUGUUGACAGUGAUGGGGAGCUGGGGGUGUUGACAGUGAUGGGGUGUAGACAGUGAUGGGAGGCUGGGGUGUAGACAGUGAUGGGGAGCUCGGGUGUUGACAGUGAUGGGGAGCUGGGGGUGUUGACAGUGAUGAGGAGCUGGGGGUUUUGACAGUGAUGGGGUGUAGACAGUGAUGGGGAGCUGGGGGGUGUUGACAGUGAUGGGGUGUAGACAGUGAUGGGGGAGCUGGGGUGUUGACAGUGAUGGGGUGUGUAACAGUGAUGGGGAGCUGGGGUGUUGACAGUGAUGAGGAGCUGGGGUGUUGACAGGGAUGGGGAGCUGGGGUGUUGACAGUGAUGGGGAGCUGGGGUGUUGACAGUGAUGGGGUGUAGACAUUGAUGGGAGGCUGGGGGUGUAGACAGUGAUGGGGAGCUGGGGUGUAGACAGUGAUGGGGAGCUGGGGUGUUUGACAGUGAUGAGGAGCUGGGGUGUUGACAGUGAUGGGGUGUAGACAGUGAUGGGGAGCUGGGGUGUUGACAGUGAUGGGGUGUAGACAGUGAUGGGGAGCUGGGGUGUUGACAGUGAUGGGGUGUAGACAGUGAUGGGGAGCUGGGGUGUUGACAGUGAUGGGGAGCUGGGGUGUAGACAGUGAUGGGGAGCUGGGGUGUAGACAGUGUUGAGGAGCUGGGGUGUGUAUAGCUCUCAAUAACUUUAGGCUGACUCUAUAUUAACGUUUAGAAACGUCAAUAAUCAUCGCUUGGAAUAUGGCUUUCGAAACAUAUGACCCUUAUCUUUAAUCAGCAAAUAGAAAAGAUAUACUUACUGUAGCAGUUAACAGAUCCAUACAGAUAUGGGCGCCUCCAUCCCAUGAAACUACACUUCCUCUGUCCUAGAAACUACACUUCCUCCGUCCCAGAAAACUACACUUCCUGAGUUCCUCUUACACACAGGUGUUCGGUGCGUGAUAGACAGCUAAUUAGCAUAGGUGAUCGCCUCUUGUCUUCCAUCUGUUUUCCGUAAACAAGCGCUGUAACCUUGAGAUAUGGCAAUGUUGAAACACGUACCCUAACCAUAUCAAGGUGUAUCAAUUUAACCUUUUUGUUUUUUGAAAAUAAUUUAUCGCUGAUAUGAAAGAUAAGGUCCUUUAUACUUCCAAAACUGUACUGCAAGUGAUGCGUGUUAAUGUUCAGAUUGAGCAUCGGGGGCUCUUAACAAAACUCCCCCCGUACAGAAGACGCCUUCGUCCAAUGACUCUUAUGUGUAAUGUAAAGGAACUGAAAGCCAUGAUCAAACGGCGAGGGUGUGCAGACAGUGAUGGGGCUUCUGUUUUAAACUACUCGUGGGCCACGAGGUCUCGGUUUGAUAUCAAACAACCUUGUUUGGUCAUGUUACCUGGCUAGCUAGCUAACAACAUGGUACCCCUUGGCUAGGCACACAUUUGGAUGGCACAGGAAACACAGAAAAGGGAUAGAUGGCCUGCUCAAAGAGAUGCUUCAAAGGUAGGAUGCAUAUGCCUCAUCAAUGUCAUUCUAAACUCAAUCUGGAGAAAAAAAAUCACAUUGUUCUGGUGUUCCUUAAAUUCUGUUUGGUGCCUAACUUUUGAGGUGUGUGUGUGUGAGAGAGAGAGAGAGAAAAAAAGAGAGUACUAUGAGUGUGUGUGAGAGAAAGUAGAUCUGUGUGUGUGUGGGAGAGGGUCUAAGUGAGUGACUGAGAGGGUGGGUGGGAGAGUCCUAAGUGAGUGACUGAGAGGGUGGGUGGGAGAGGGUCUAAGUGAGUGACUGAGAGGGGUGGGUGGGAGAGUUCCUAAGUGAGUGACUGAGAGGGUGGGUGGGGAGAGGGUCUAAGUGAGUGACUGAGAGGGUGGGUGGGAGUGUGUGGGAGAGGAAGGGAGAGUGUGUAGGCAGUGUGUAAAGUUGUCUGAAGAGUAGGCCACAAAAGGCCUGGUGUGUCUUCCCUUUACUGCCACAGACAAAAUACACUAUACAGUUGAAAUCUGAAGUUUACAUACACCUUAGCCAAAUACAUUUAAACUUAGUUUUUCACAAUUUCUAUCAUUUAAUCCUAGUAAACAUUCACUGUCUUAGGUCAGUUAGGAUCACCACUUUAUUUUAAGAAUGUAAAAUGUCAGAAUAAUAUUAGAGAGAAUGAUUUAUUUCAGCUUUUAUUUCUUUCAUCACAUUCCCAGUGGGUCAGAAGUUUACAUACACUCAAUUAGUAUUUGGUAGCAUUGCCUUUAAAUUGUUUAACUUGGGUCAAACGUUUCGGGUAGCCUUCCACAAGCUUCCCACAAUAAGUUGGGUGAAUUUUGGCCCAUUCCUUCUGACAGAGCUGGUGUAACUGAGUCAGGUUUUGUAGGCCUCCUUGCUCGCACAUGCUUUUUCAGUUCUGCCCACACAUUUUCUGUAGGAUUGAGGUCAGGGCUUUGUGAUGGCCACUCCAAUACCUUGACUUUGUUAUCCUUAAGCCAUUUUGCCACAACUUUGUAAGUAUGCUUGGGGACAUUGUCCAUUUGGAAGACCCAUGUUGCGACCAAGCUUUAACUUCCUGACUGAUGUCUUGAGAUUGUUGCUUCAAUAUAUCCACAUAAUUUUCCUUCCUCAUGAUGCCAUCUAUUUUGUGAAGUGCACCAGUCCCUCCUGCAGCAAAGCACCCCCACAGCAUGAUGCUGCCACCCCUGUGCUUCACGGUUGGGAUGGUGUUCUUUCGGCUUGCAAGCACCCCCUUUUUCCUCCAAACAUAACAAUGGUCAUUAUGGCCAAACAGUUCUAUUUUUGUUUCAUCAGACCAGAGGACAUUUCUCCAAAAAGUACGAUCUUUGUCCCCAUGUGCAGUUGCAAACCGUAAUCUGUAUUUUUUAUGGCGGUUUUGGAGCAGUGGCUUCUUCCUUGCUGAGCGGCCUUUCAGGUUAUGUCGAUAUAGGACUCGUUUUACUGUAGAUAUAGAUAAUUUUGUACCUGUUUUCCUCCAGCAUCUUCACAAGGUCCUUUGCUGUUGUUGCUGGGAUUGAUUUGCACUUUUCGCACCAAAGUACGUUAAUCUCUAGGAGACAGAACGCGUCUCCUUCCUGAGCGGUAUGAUGGCUGCGUGGGUCCCAUGGUAUUUAUACUUGCAUACUAUUGUUUGUAACAGAUGAAUGUGGUACCUUCAGGCGUUUUGGAAAUUGCUCCCAAUGAUAAACCAGACUUGUGGAGGUCUACCAUUUUUUUUCCUUUUGAUUUUCCCAUGAUGUCAAGCAAAGAGGCACUGAGUUUGAAGGUAGGCCUUGAAAUACAUCCACAGGUACACCUCCAAUUGACUCAAAUUAUGUAAAUUAGCCUAUCAGAAGCUUCUAAAGCCAUGACAUCAUGUUCUGCAAUUUUCCAAGCUGUUUAAAGCUACAGUCAAUUUAGUGUAUGUAAACUUCUGACCCACUGGAAUUGUGAUACAGUGAAUUAUAAGUGAAAUAAUCUGUCUGUAAACAAUUGUUGGAAAAAUUACUUGUGUCAUCCACAAAGUAGAUGUCCUAACCGACUUGCCAAAUUUGUGGAGUGGUUGAAAAACUGUGGGGUCAUAUUAAUUUGUAGCUCAAACGGUUCGGACGAAGUUGGCACAUCAGCAUUACCAACGGGUCAUGUGACACUUGUGGGGGUCGUAGAGCAAAACGGAGAACACCAUCGUGUUCGUGAGAGUCUCAUCUUUCCAUAGAGUGGUCAUAACGCUACAGACGUUUUUUGUGAGAAGACCGAUUUCCGGGAUGUCUCAUGGUCUGACAAACACCGCUGUAGCUCGGACACCGACAUAGGUGGAUACGGUGGAUUGAGAUGCAGCCCAUGCAAAAAAAUAACUAUCUCUAGCUUAAACCAACAGAUAUUGAUGGGGAUUUUUUUGUUAUGUUACUUAGAUUGUCACACGGGUGGCGUCAAUAGACUCUUAAGGAUUAAAGUGACCAGUGUUCAAUGACUCUUAGGUACCAGUGGAGGCUGCUGAGGGGAGGACGGCUCAUAAUAAUGUCUGGAACGGCGCUAAUGGAUUGGCAUCAAACACAUGUUUGAUGCAUUUGAUACCAUUCCACUUAUUCCGCUCCAGCCGUUACCACCAGCCCAUCCUCCCCAAUGAAGUUGCCACCAACCUCCUGUUCUCUGUACAUAAGGCAAAGCAAUCUUUAAGGUGGCAGGGUAGAGUACUGGAUUGGUAGCCGGAUAGUAACAGUGACUAAGGUUCAGGGCAGGGUAGUGGGCGGAGGGCCGGCUAGUGGUGACCGUUUUUAACAGUCUGAUGGCCUGGAGAUAGAAGCUAUCAGUCCUCUCAUCCCAGCUUUAUAGCAUCUGUACUGUCUCCUCCUCCUCCUAGGUGGUAGUGGGGUGAACAGGCCGUGGCUCGGGUGGCUGAGGCAGCGUGCCUCCAUGAUGCGUUGGUCUGACCGCCGCCACCCUCUGGAGAACCCUGCGGUUGCGGAACGGUGCAAUUGCCGUACCAGGCGGUGAUACAGCCUGACAGGGUGCAUCUGUAGAAGUUUGUGAGGGUCUUAGGGGCCAAGCCGACUUUGUUCAGCCUGAUGAGGCUCUGUUGCAACUUGUUUCACCACACAGGCUGUGUGAAGGGACCAUUUCAGGUCCUCAGUGAUGUUCACGCCAAGGAACUUUUGAAGCUUUUUGACCCUCACCACUCCGUCGGCUCCUCUGCUGUCUCCUGUAGUCCACCAUCAGCUCCUUUGUUUUGUUGAGGUGGAGGUUAUUUUUCACAGGGCUGGUGACGUGUUACCACUCUCAAAUGCAUAGACUGUCCCAUCCAUGAGAAAAAUGAAUGUACCAAUCCCAGAUUGCCCCUUUUUUUAAACUGGGUUUGUUGUGUUCCUUUGUGUUUCUAGAUCUUCCUGUGGGAGCAGAACUUGGAACAGUUCCACAUGGGUCUGUUCCGGUUCCCGCUGUUACCCAUGUCCCAGUCUGCAGGGAGGGGAGCUGCCCACCCCCAAACGCCUGCUAUCCUUCGCCUCCAGACCCACCAAGCUGGGCCAUGAGACGCCUCGGAAUCUUCUCUGUGUCGUCCUUUCAUGCACUGGUGAGUUUACACACACACACACACACACACCACACACACACACCCACACACACCCACACAACACCAACACACACACAGACACCACACACACACACACCACACACACACCACACACCGACACACACCACACACCACACACACACAAACACACACCCAUCACAUUACACACACACACACACCCAACACACACACACACACACCACACAACCAUACCACACACAUAUCACACAUCACAUCAACCAUACACACACACACACACACACACACAACACACACACACACAACACCCACACAACACACACCACACACACACACACAAAAGUCUUACUUCACACAAAACACACAUCCAAAAUCCCUCACCAAACCCCCACCCCCAAACCACACACACACCACAAACCAAAACACCCUCACAUCCAAAAAACAAACACCUCCUAUCCAUUUGCCGUUCCAGCAAAACUGGGACAAACUGUUAUUUUUUCUCCAAAAUAUGAGCGUGACGUUCCCAACUCCGUUCGCCCAUGUUACCAUCUGUUGGUCCUACCACUGACUGGGGAAUGUCCUGCAAUACAUAGUAAACACAAGGCCACUCCAAACAUGUUAGUUCAGAUGGGGUUGCUAUUUUGCGCAGUCUAUUUGAGAGCUAUCACCUGUUAUUGAUUGCUCUGCCACAACGCUAGCCUCCUCCACAUAGCUGAGGUUGUUUGUUGCAGAAUCGUAGGUAGUGCUAGAGGACAAUAUUUAUUUGGUUCGGAGUUGGAACGUUCAGCAGAGCAGUGUGGUGCGUUGGCUGAUCAAUAGAAUCCUCGUUGCCAGACGCCCACAUGGCCAGUGUCCCAAAUGGCACCACCCUAUUCCAUUUAUAGUGCACUACGUUUGACCAGGGCUCUAGUCAAAAAUAGUGCACUAUAAAGUGAAUAGGGUGCCAUUUGGGAUGCAGUCCUGUUCUCUCAGAGCAGGUGGGAGUCCAGGACUCAGAGAGACAGCAGGAUGGAAGGAGUAACAACCUAAACACAUAUUAAAUAACAACACUUUCCCACAAAACGCAUCCUGUUUCACUCGACUUUCUGCUUUCAUCUCUCUCUCUCUCUCUCUCUCUCUCAAUUCAUCGGGGCAAUGGACUCCACAAGGUGUCGAAAUCGUUCCACAGUGAUGCUGGCCCAUUUGGACUCCACUGGCCUUUCCCACAGUUUUGAUCAGUUGCCGCAUUCACCCUCAGAAGGGGCACCACAUAUCACGAUCCAAUGUCCUCAACUCCGUCUUAAGUCCUUAAAUUACCCUGUCCUUCUCUCGCUUCAUCUAGCAGCUGAUUUGGAAGUGACAUCAAUAAGGGAUCAUAUCUUCACCUGGAUUUCACCUGGUCAGUCUAAUUUAUGGAAAGAGCAGGUCUUUAUUGUUUUUUGUACACUCAUCUAUAUCACCACUAGAUUCAUCCAUCCUGGUCUAAUAUAAAACCACUGACCAUCCUCCUGGUCUAUAGAACCACUAACGUCCUCCCUAGUCAUAUAACCACUUAGCCAUCCCUCUGGUCUAUAUCCACCUAGACCAUCCCUCCUGGUCCCUAUAUAACCACUAGACCAUCCUCCUGGUCCUAUAUAACCACUCACUAGACCAUCCUCCUGGUCUAUAUAAACCACUUAGAACCAUCUCCUCGUCCUUGUCUAUAUAACCACUAACCAUCUCCCUGGUCCUUAUAACCACUAGACAUCCUCCUGGUCUAUAAUAACCACUAGACCAUCCCCUCCUGGGUCUAUAUAACCACUGACCAUCCUCUAGUCCCCUAUAUAAACCACUAGACCAAUCCCUCCUAGUCUAAUAACCACUAGACAUCCUCCUGGUCAUAUAACCACUAGACCAUCUCUGGUCUAUUAACCACUAGACCAUCCUCCUGGUCUAUAUAACCACUAGACCAUCCUCCUGGUCUAUAUAACAACUAGACCAUCCUCCUGGUCUAUAAAACCACAGACAUCCUCACAAUCCUCCUGGUCUAUAUAACCACUAGACCACCCCUGGUCUCUAUAUAACCACUGACCAUCCUACCAUCUCCUGGUCUAUAUAACCACUAACCAUCCUCCUGGUCUAUAUAACCCUAGACCAUCCUCCUGGUCUAUAUAACCACUAGACAUCCUCCUGGUCUAUAUAACCACUAGACCAUCCUCCUGGUCUAUAUAACCACUAGACCUCCUCCUGGUCUAUAACCACUGACCAUCCUCCAGUCUAUACCACUAGACCAUCCCCCUAGUCUAUAUAACCACUAGACCAUCCUCCUGGUCUAUAUAACCACUAGACCAUCCUCCUAGUCUAUAUAACCACUAGACCAUCCUCACCAUCCUCCUGGUCUAUAUAACCACUAGACCAUCCUCCUGGUCUAUAUAACCACUAGACCAUCCUCCUGGUCUAUAUAACCACUAGACCAUCCUCCUGGUCUAUAUAACCACUAGACCAUCCUCCUAGUCCUAUAUAACCAUAGACCAUCCUCCUGGUCUAUAUAACCACUAGACCAUCCUCCUGGUCUAUUAACCACUAGACCAUCCUCCUGGUCUAUAUAACCACCUAGACCAUCCUCCUGGUCUAUAUAACCACUAGACCAUCCUCCUGGUCUAUAUAACCACUAGACCAUCCUCCUGGUCUAUAUACACUAGACCAUCCUCCCUGGUCUAUUAACCACUAACCCUCCCUGGUCUAUAUAACCACUAGACCAUCCUCACCAUCCUCCCUGGUCUAUAUAACCACUAGACCAUCCUCCAAACCAUCCUCCUGGUCUAUAUAACCACUAGACCAUCCUCCUGGUCUAUAUAACCACUAGACCAUCCUCACCAUCCUCCUGGUCUAUAUAACCACUAGACCAUCCUCCUAGUCUAUAUAACCACUAGCCAUCCUCCUGGUCUAUAUAACCCACUAGACCAUCCUCCUUGGUCUAUAUAACCACUAACCAUCCUCCUGGUCUAUAUAACCACUAGACCAUCCUCCUGGUCUAUAUAACCACUAGACCAUCCUCCUAGUCUAUAUAACCACUAGACCAUCCUCCUGGUCUAUAUAACCACUAACGACAUCCUCACCAUCCUCCUGGUCUAUAUAACCACUAGAACCAUCCUCCUGGUCUAUAUAACCACUAGACCAUCCUCCUGGUCUAAUAACCACAGUACCAUCCUCCUAGUCUAUUAACCACUAGACCAUCCUCCUGGUCCUAUAUAACCACUAGACCAUCCCUACUGGUCUAUAUACCACUAGACCAUCCUCCUGGUCUAUAUAACCACUAGACCAUCCUCCUGGUCUAUAUAACCACUAGACCAUCCUCCUAGUCCUAUAUAACCACUAGACCAUCCUCCUGGUCUAUAUAACCACUAGACCAUCCUCCUGGUCUAUUAACCACUAGAACCAUCCUCCUGGUCUAUAUAACCACUAGACCAUCCUCCUGGUCUAUAUAACCACUAGACCAUCCUCCUGGUCUAUAUAACCACUAGACCAUCCUCCUGGUCUAUAUAACCACUAGACCAUCCUCCUGGUCUAUAUAACCACUAGACCAUCCUCACCAUCCUCCUGGUCUAUAUAACCACUAGACCAUCCUCACCAUCCUCCUGGUCUAUAUAACCCACUAGACCAUCCUCCUGGUCCUAUAUAACCACUAGACCAUUCUCACCAUCUCCUGGUCUAUAUAACCACUAGACCAUCCUCCUAGUCUAUAUAACCACUAGACCAUCCUCACCAUCCUCCUGGUCUAUAUAACCACUAGACCAUCCUCCUGGUCUAUAUAACCACUAGACCAUUCUCACCAUCCUCCUGGUCUAUAUAAACCACUAGACCUUCCUCCUGGUCUAUAUAACCACUAGACCAUCCUCCUGGUCUAUAUAACCACUAGACCAUCCUCCUGGUCUAUAUAACCACUAGACCAUCCUCCUGGUCUAUAUAACCACUAGACCAUCCUCCUGGUCUAUAUAACCACUAGACCAUCCUCCUAGUCUAUAUAACCACUAGACCAUCCUCCUGGUCUAUAUAACCACUAGACCAUCCUCCUGGUCUAUAUAACCACUAGACCAUCCUCCUGGUCUAUAUAACCACUAGACCAUCCUCCUGGUCUAUAUAACCACUAGACCAUCCUCCUGGUCUAUUAACCACUAGACCAUCCUCCUAGUCUAUAUAACCACUAGACCAUCCUCCUAGUCUAUAUAACCACUAGACCAUCCUCCUGGUCUAUAUAACCACUAGACCAUCCUCCUGGUCUAUAUAACCACUAGACCAUCCUCCUAGUCUAUAUAACCACUAGACCAUCCUCCUGGUCUAUAUAACCACUAGACCAUCCUCCUGGUCUAUAUAACCACUAGACCAUCCUCCUGGUCUAUAUAACCACUAGACCAUCCUCCUGGUCUAUAUAACCACUAGACCAUCCUCCUGGUCUAUAUAACCACUAGACCAUCCUCCUGGUCUAUAUAACCACUAGACCAUCCUCCUGGUCUAUAUAACCACUAGACCAUCCUCCUGGUCUAUAUAACCACUAGACCAUCCUCCUGGUCUAUAUAACCACUAGACCAUCCUCCUGGUCUAUAUAACCACUAGACCAUCCUCCUAGUCUAUAUAACCACUAGACCAUCCUCACCAUCCUCCUGGUCUAUAUAACCACUAGACCAUCCUCACCAUCCUCCUGGUCUAUAUAACCACUAGACCAUCCUCCUGGUCUAUAUAACCACUAGACCAUCCUCCUGGUCUAUAUAACCACUAGACCAUCCUCCUGGUCUAUAUAACCACUAGACCAUCCUCCUGGUCUAUAUAACCACUAGACCAUCUUCCUGGUCUAUAUAACCACUAGACCAUCCUCCUGGUCUAUAUAACCACUAGACCAUCCUCACCAUCCUCCUGGUCUAUAUAACCACUAGACCAUCCUCCUGGUCUAUAUAACCACUAGACCAUCCUCACCAUCCUCCUGGUCUAUAUAACCACUAGACCAUCCUCCUGGUCUAUAUAACCACUAGACCAUCCUCCUGGUCUAUAUAACCCCUAGACCAUCCUCCUUGUCUAUAUAACCACUAGACCAUCCUCCUGGUCUAUAUAACCACUAGACCAUCCUCCUGGUCUAUAUAACCACUAGACCAUCCUCCUGGUCUAUAUAACCACUAGACCAUCCUCACCAUCCUCCUGGUCUAUAUAACCACUAGACCAUCCUCCUGGUCUAUAUAACCACUAGACCAUCCUCCUGGUCUAUAUAACCACUAGACCAUCCUCCUGGUCUAUAUAACCACUAGACCAUCCUCCUGGUCUAUAUAACCACUAGACCAUCCUCCUGGUCUAUAUAACCACUAGACCAUCCUCCUAGUCUAUAUAACCACUAGACCAUCCUCCUGGUCUAUAUAACCACUAGACCAUCCUCCUGGUCUAUAUAACCAUUAGACCAUCCUCACCAUCCUCCUGGUCUAUAUAACCACUAGACCAUCCUCCUGGUCUAUAGAACCACUAGACCAUCCUCCUAGUCUAUAUAACCACUAGACCAUCCUCCUAGUCUAUAUAACCACUAGACCAUCCUCCUGGUCUAUAUAACCACUAGACCAUCCUCCUGGUCUAUAUAACCACUAGACCAUCCUCCUGGUCUAUAUAACCACUAGACCAUCCCCCUAGUCUAUAUAACCACUAGACCAUCCUCCUGGUCUAUAUAACCACUAGACCAUCCUCCUGGUCUAUAUAACCAUUAGACCAUCCUCCUGGUCUAUAUCAAUCAAUCAAUCAAUUUUAUUUUAUAUAGCCCUUCUUACAUCAGCUAAUAUCUCGAAGUGCUGUACAGAAACCCAGCCUAAAACCCCAAACAGCUAGUAAUGCAGGUGUAGAAGCACGGUGGCUAGGAAAAACUCCCUAGAAAGGCGAAAACCUAGGAAGAAACCUAGAGAGGAACCAGGCUAUGAGGGGUGGCCAGUCCUCUUCUGGCUGUGCCGGGUGGAGAUUAUAACAGAACCAUGCCAAGAUGUUCAAAAAUGUUCAUAAGUGACAAGCAUGGUCAAAUAAUAAUCAGGAAUAAAUCUCAGUUGGCUUUUCAUAGCCGAUCAUUAAGAGUUGAAAACAGCAGGUCUGGGACAGGUAGGGGUUCCAUAACCGCAGGCAGAACAGUUGAAACUGGAAUAGCAGCAAGGCCAGGCGGACUGGGGACAGCAAGGAGUCACCACGGCCGGUAGUCCCGACGUAUGGUCCUAGGGCUCAGGUCUCUCAGUUGGCUUUUCAUAGCCGAUCAUUAAGAGUUGAAAACAGCAGGUCUGGGACAGGUAGGGGUUUCGUAGCCGCAGGCAGAACAGUUGAAACUGGAAUAGCAGCAAGGCCAGGCGGACUGGGGACAGCAAGGUGUCAUCAUGCCCGGUAGUCCUGACGUAUGGUCCUAGGGCUCAGGUUCUCAGAGAGAAAGAGAGAACGAGAGAAUUAGAGAGAGCAUACUUAAAUUCACACAGGACACUGGAUAAGACAGGAGAAGUACUCCAGGUAUAACCAACUAACCCCAGCCCCCCGACACAUAAACUACUGCAGCAUAAAUACUGGAGGCUGAGACAGGAGCGGUCCGGAGACACUGUGGCCCCAUCCUCCUGGUCUAUAUAACCACUAGACCAUCCUCCUGGUCUAUAUAACCACUAGACCAUCCUCCUGGUCUAUAUAACCACUAGACCAUCCUCCUGGUCUAUAUAACCACUAGACCAUCCUCCUGGUCUAUAUAACCACUAGACCAUCCUCCUGGUCUAUAUAACCACUAGACCAUCCUCCUGGUCUAUAUAACCACUAGACCAUCCUCACCAUCCUCCUGGUCUAUAUAACCACUAGACCAUCCUCCUGGUCUAUAUAACCACUAGACCAUCCUCCUGGUCUAUAUAACCACUAGACCAUCCUCCUGGUCUAUAUAACCACUAGACCAUCCUCCUGGUCUAUAUAACCACUAGACCAUCCUACUGGUCUAUAUAACCACUAGACCAUCCUCCUGGUCUAUAUAACCACUAGACCAUCCUCCUGGUCUAUAUAACCACUAGACCAUCCUCCUAGUCUAUAUAACCACUAGACCAUCCUCCUGGUCUAUAUAACCACUAGACCAUCCUCCUGGUCUAUAUAACCACUAGACCAUUCUCCUAGUCUAUAUAACCACUAGACCAUCCUCCUGGUCUAUAUAACCACUAGACCAUCCUCCUGGUCGAUAUAACCACUCCAUGGUUUCUAAUCAGCUGUGUGUCAGAUACUCCUCUAAUGAUGCUGUGUCUGUCUCUCUGUGUCUGUCUCUCUCUCUCUCUCUCUGUGUCGCUCUCUCUCUCUGUGUCUCUCUCUCUCUCUGUUUCUCUCUUUCUCUCUCUGUGUCUCUCUCUCUCUCUGUCUCUCUCUGUCUCUCUCUGUCUCUCUCUGUCUCUCUCUCCUCUCUCUCCUCUCUCUGUUUCUCUCUUUCCUCUCUCUUUCUCUCUCUCCUCUCUCUGUCUCUCUCUGUUUCUCUCUUUCUCUCUCUGUUUCUCUUUCUCUCUCUUUCUCUCUCUCCUCUCUCUGUCUCUCUCUGUCUCUCUCUCCUCUCUCUCCUCUCUCUGUCUCUCUGUGAUCUAGGUGGCAGCCCGUACAGAGAGCGGGGUGAGGAGACGUACCCAGGCCAUGUCUCGUUCCUCCUCAUCCAAACGUAAGAGCAGGUUCUCCUCUCUGUGGGUCCUGGACACUACCUCCAAGAAGAAGACCAAAGCCCAUCCCACCAUCAACCAGGUACAUGUUUUUAUGAUAUGUCCACAUUAGGACUGUUUAAACUACAGCAGUUCUAUAGAGAUGAAACAGAACGUUACUCUAGAACUGCCACUUACAUCAUUACAUGCAACUUCUUUGCAAAGCCAUUUUUGGGUUCUAUAUUGAUUUGUUUUUUCUCCCGCAGGUCUUUGCUGUUGGUGAGGAGCCAGUGAAAAAGCCUCUGGACGGGAUCUAUGAUGUGGACACUGCCAGGGAGAGCGUGGUGAGUAGGCAGUCAGGUACCAUUCAUCCUCCUAGCAGAUAACUGACACUGGGGCAUCAGUCAAAGGACAGAUUGAACUCCCAUUUUCAAAAUCUUUAGGGUGGUAGGUAUAUAUACGCUAUUUACAGUGUGUUUGUUUCCUAGAAGAGUGAAGACGAGCCUUCCUCUGGUCAACACAGACCGUGACAUGUAGGGUUAGAGUAAGACAGGUUAGUCAGGUAUGAUCUCUGUAUCUAUCUCUCCAGAAGAGUGCUGGUGGAACGGUGGAGAGCCUUCCUCAGGUCGACUCAGACAGUCACAUGACAGACAGUGAUAUCUGGGUGCCUGACCACCUGACCCCGUCCUGGGUGUGUCUUCCCAACGACCAGCCUGUCCUCGCCAUCAUCCAGCCUGGAGAGUCCGCUCUGGACGCACUGGAGACCAUCUGCAAGGUAACUACCGCCUUAACCAUCCUACACGUACACACGCUGGAGAUCAUCUGCAAGGUAACUACCGCCUUAACUAACCUACACGUACACACGCUGGAGACCAUCUGCAAGGUAACUACCACCUUAACUAACCUACACGUACACACGCUGGAGAUCAUCUGCAAGGUAACUACCGCCUUAACUAACCUACAGUACUUACAGCAAAACUGUUCUGAAAUGAAAUGGCCAUAUUUUCACUAAUAGGUUGUUAUUAUUAAAGAUGGUUUAAAAUGUGUAAAGCUUCAACACAGUUUUCAGUAAGUGUUUAUCAACUUGUUUGAUGACAGACACACUGAAAUGUGAAAUACUCUGUUGAUUCUUCUAAUGCCCUCAGUGAGGCUGCGUCCCCAUUCUGUUGAUAUUUCUAAUGCCCUCAGUGAGGCUGCGUCCCCAUUCUGUUGAUAUUUCUAAUGCCCUCAGUGAGGCUGCGUCCCCAUUCUGUUGAUAUUUCUAAUGCCCUCAGUGAGGCUGCGUCCCCAUUCUGUUGAUAUAUCUAAUGCCCUCAGUGAGGCUGCGUCCCCAUUCUGUUGAUAUUUCUAAUGCCCUCAGUGAGGCUGCGUCCCCAUUCUGUUGAUAUAUCUAAUGCCCUCAGUGAGGCUGCGUCCCCAUUCUGUUGAUAUAUCUAAUGCCCUCUGUGAGGCUGCGUCCCCAUUCUGUUGAUAUAUCUAAUGCCCUCUGUGAGGCUGCGUCCCCAUUCUGUUGAUAUAUCUAAUGCCCUCUGUGAGGCUGCGUCCCCAUUCUGUUGAUAUUUCUAAUGCCCUCUGUGAGGCUGCGUCCCCAUUCUGUUGAUAUAUCUAAUGCCCUCAGUGAGGCUGCGUCCCCAUUCACUUGCACACUAUCAGUCAUGGAUCUAACAACGUUGGAAGCUCCCUCUAGCCAAUGAUUACACCAAUCCAUAAAGUGUUCAAGUGCACACUUUGUGAAAAGGUUGGAGAAUUGAGAUGCAGCCCGACCCUGUACCAAUCCUCUUUCUGACCUCUCUUCUAAACUCCUCACUCUGAAUCUUGACUAAACUGUGUUUGUGUGUGUGUGUGUGUGUGUGUGUGUGUGUGUGUGUGUGUGUGUGUGUGUCCUCUACUUAACUCCACAGGCCCACCAGCUGGAUUCCACCAAACAUUACAUCCGCCUUAAGUUCCUCCUGGAGAACCGAGUCCAGUUCUACAUCCCUAAGCCUGAAGAGCACCUGUGUGACUUGGUAUGUUUCUGAUUUUCUCCUCACAGAUUAUCUCCUGUCACAGUCUUAGCAUCCCACUGAGAUCACACACACACACACACACACACACACACACACACACACACCAGCGUAUAAAUAAAUUAGGCUCACUCCUCGUCGUAUUCCAUUCCUGCUCUUUGUGUAAUAAGACAUUCAUGUUCCUUCCAUCUCUCUUCAUCUCUCUCUCUCUCUCUCGCUCUCUCGCUCUCUCUCUCUCUCUUGAUCUCUCUUUCUCCAUCUCUCCUUUUCUCUCUCCAUCUCCUUCUCUCUUCAUCUCUCCUCUCUCUCCAUCUCUCCUUUUCUCUCUCCAUCUCUCCUUCUCUCUCCAUCUCUUCUCUCUCUCCAUCUCUCCUCUCUCUCCUUCUCUCUCUUCAUCUCUCCUCUCUCUCCAUCUCUCCUUCUCUCUCUCCUUCUCUCUCUUCAUCUCUCCUCUUUCUCUUGAUCUCUCUUUCUCUCUCCAUCUCUCCUUUUCUCUCUCCAUCUCUCCUUCUCUCUCUCUCUCUCUCCUUCAUCUCUCCACAGCUUUAUAAAGAGAUAGAGCUGGGCUCCAAAAUAACUAAAGUCAUCCAGUUCGACAGGGAUGAAUCCUGUAUGAUUGGUUACGGUAAGGAUGAAUCCUGUAUGAUUGGUUAGGGUUAGGCACCCUAUUCCCUAUAUAGUGCACUACUUUUGACCAGAGCCCUUUGGGACCUGGUUAAAAGUAGUACACUUCACUAUAAAGACAAUGGGGUGGCAUUUGGGACGCAGACAAUGUCACAUAUAUCCACAUUCACAGAUCAUUUGACUUGCUAAGAAUGCAAUUCUGAAGCCACUCCACUUUUAAUUACUAUCAUGUUGUAGUAUACAGAGUGCAUAUUUCCACCAGUGUGUGUUGAGAGAAUACUUCCACUAGCGGUUGUGUUGUGAUGUAUCCUGUUAUUGACUUCUAGUCACAUCUCAGAUUACCUGUAUUUCUUAGACUGAUCCCUGUCAGGGCAGAGAAAAUAAAUCCCAGGUGAUUUAGUGAUGUGCUUUCAAUAAUGAAAUGUUUCUCCUCUCUCUCUCCUCUCUCCUCUCUCUCUCUCUCUCUCUCCUCCCUCUCUCCCCCCUCCCUCCCUCCCCUCCCGCCCGCCCUCCCCUCCCCGCCCCUCCCCCUCCCCUCCCUCCCUCCCCUCCCGCCCUCCCCCGCCCUCCCCUCCCUCCCCUCCCUCCCUCCCUCCCUCCCUCCCGCCUCUCCUCCAGGGUUCUCUAUCUCAGUGGUGGAGGAGGAUUCGGUGCAGCAGCUCUACAUAACCGACGUGAAGGCGGGAGGAUUAGCCUUCGCUAGAGGUUCAUUACCACACAUCCAUCAAAUCAGUUUCCACACAUCCAUCAAAUCAGUUUCCAUCUACACUCCCAUCUAUCUGUAUCUGAGAAUAUAAUAGACACAGAACAGAGACAAGACAGAGAGGGCAGGGAGUGGGAAGAUAUCAUACGAUUAGUUUCAUCAUCAGCCAUCUCAAUACAAUCUCCACUGAAAAGUACAAUCACAUAAUUACUGCAGUUGAUGAGACAUUCAUAAAACUGUGUGUGUGUGUGUCAGGGGAAUACUCUCUCCAGUGUUAAUGUUGAGGAGGUCAAUAUGGGGGGUUGUGAAGGAUUUAUUUUUAGAAAUGAAAUGCAUGAAUGCUGCAUAUUAAUGCCUCAUUUGAUAAGGGUUUAGGGGACUAAAGAAAACAGCCAUCCAACUGAUUAGCAUAACAAUCCGCAGGGCUACAUGGCUGAAUAUGACAACACACUGAUAAGUGUUUUGAUGGACAUGUUUAUAAUUUGAAGAGACAGCCUUGAAAAUGUUCAUCUUGUCUUAGUGUCAUAAAUAAUCCUUGGUUCCUGCCUGUGCUUGGUAUAGAUAUGAGGGGGGGGGGGGGCACAUGACCUCCACCUUAGGACCACCUUAGGACCAUCUGGCAGAACGCCCAGAAUAUGUUCUAUAAGUUAAGCGCGCUGAUAGUAAAGAAUGAUUCAUUUAAGAUUGACUUUGAGUGUCCCUGUGUAGAAUUUCCAUGACCGUGUCUUUGUCCCAAACUGCACCCUAUUCCCUACGUAGUGCACUACUUUUGACCAGAGCCUAUAGGGCCCUAUAUAGGGAAUAGGGUGCCAUUUGGGACACAAGCACAGUCAUAUCUCUGUAGAAUGUAUCAGUGUGGCGGUGUGCCGAUAAGGAUCCAUACUGCAGAUUAGAGCUUGCAGCAAGCCAUAGAGGAUCCAUACUGCAGAUUAGAGUUUGCAGCAAGCCAUAGAGGACAGCUGUGGUUCCUCAGUGGAUGACAUUUCUCAGGCCACAUAGAAAGAAAAGUGGGUCAGGCCUGUGGAGGGAGGGAGGGAGGGAGGGAGUUUGUUUAGUUUUGUUCAGCUCAUACAAUACAUCUCAGAUGAGCAUGUAUGAAUUCACACUAAUACACUAUGUUGGUCCUCCAGGUCUGAAUGCGGGCGAUGAGAUCUUGCAGCUGAAUGGGAAGGACUCGUGCAGUCUGAACUUCUCAGAUAUGAAGGAGGCGUUCUCCCAGGCCUCCCUGUCCCUGACCGUCAACACUCUGCCCUCUACAGACCGACGCCAGAUCUGUUUCCCCCGCCCCCCCGACCCCUUUUGA